AUGAAGCAGCAGCAGCAGCAGCAGCAGCAGCAGCCGCGGCUGGGCCGCUGGGGCCGCCGUAGGAUCAGCGAGAGACUGCAAGCCGCCCUGGCCGGCCUCCAGGAACUCCAGGUGCUGCGGGAGAAGCAGCGGGCGCUAGUGAGUGGGGCUCUGGCCAUGCAGCGCCCAGCCGAGGGGGGUCAGGCACAGAACAAGGAGCAGCGCUUGGAAGCCACCCUCACCGCCCUGAAGGAGCAACUGUCACGGCUGAGGAGACAAGACGUGGGACUGAAAAGUCAUCUGGAUCAGUUGGACCAGCAGAUCAGCGAACUGAAGUUGGAUGUCGGCAAAACUUCCAUUGAAUACCUUGAUAGUGAUAGUAGGCCCAGUUCAGGUUUUUAUGAUCUGAGCGAUGGUGGCUCCUGUUCUCUGUCUAAUUCCUGCACAUCUGUCUUCAGUGAAUCCAUUUCCUCCUCCCAUGCCAGUUUGUUACCAAGUUCUCAGCUCUCCAAAACCCAUAUUAGCAUCUUUGAUUACCGACCCAAAUCUGCAGAUGAAACCACAGUCCACACCCAGUUCCAACAACAGGGACCUCAUAGCAGUGAUGGAUGCCAAAGCAAAGCUUGCCUAGAUGUUUCAGACACUCCAAGCAGGUCUAGACCAAGGCCUGUUUCCACCGGUGACCUUGAAAGGCUCAGCAUGGUGGAUGCCGGAUUUCCAAAAGUCACCGACCUCAAGGCCUUUCCUCAGCUUUGUCCAGGAGGGGAAAUCCAAUGCUAUUGUGUGGACCCCAAAUACCAAAGCAAUUUAGUCUCUAAAAGUGGGAAUGAUGUGUAUCCUUACCCUAGUCCUCUUCAUGCUGUUGCUCUACAGAGUCCCCUUUUCUCCCUGGCAGGGCUCCCCUCAGAAACAGAGAGCCGCCCUUUGCCUAAAAAAGCUGUGCCUCACCUCACUGGGCCCAGCUUGAUUAAGACUCAGCCACUUAUGGAACUCAGGCCAGGGGGCUAUAUCAACAAACUGCUGCAGCUGACGCGCAGCAAAGGAAGCCAUCCCGCCGAACCCAGCGAGAAGGGUCCAGCAAAGAACCAGCCACUCACAAUGCUCCAGAGACUCAUUAUUAUCCCCAGUCCUGGUGGAGUGAAAAUUAACAGCAGUAGCAGCCAGCUGGAAAAACAGGGGGCCUCCCUGCCUUGUAAUAAAGGCGAGGGGAAGCCACCAAGGGACAUGCCUGAAGGGGAAUGUGCCAAACAGCUGGAGACUCUGCAUUGUGUGAAUAUAGAGCAGACAGCUUCGGUGACUCACGCAGAGUCUUCACCAGCUGGGAAUGACUGUUAUCCUACUAAGCCAUCUGUGUGGGACUCUCCUGUAACUGAAGCUGGGGAAAGCAGCCUGGAACGCAGCUCUUCCAGCUCACAGUUUGGAGUCGAGGAUUCCAGCUUGAGCCUCCCAAACGUGUGGGUGGCUUCAGCCAAAAAGUCUCACAAGAAGUCACUUAGAGCCAUAAAGCCUGGAGAUCACGAGUCCGUGCCUCAGGAGGAGUUGGCUCACACUAAGUGUGUCCCUACCGAGUCCCACCAAGUUCGGGUCAGGUUUGCUAACUCUAAAAUGAAGUCUGUGAAGAUGAAGAGGAGGAAUAGCGAGAAGAUGCUGAGGCCGGGGAGGCAGAUGGUUUAUGUGGAAAAGCCACGUGGGGUUCACCAGCUUGCUGCCAAAUUGCCUCUUGAGUGGAGUCUGUCUCAGAGACAGCUCAGGGGAAGGCAUCUAGUUCGGAGGCCUACCUUUGCAGGGGAAAGCACCGGGAGAUCUUGCUCAGAGUCCAGUCUGUAUCCUGUGCCAUUCGGGAUCCCUCAAGCACUGUCCAGGUCUGAACUAUACAGAGCGUCUGCUAAUGCCAUGUAUUCUCUUGAAGCAGCUUAUUCUGACCCAACCACCAAGAAAAAGCAGCGCAAAUGGCAGUCCACAGUGGAGAUCUCAGCAAAAACCCAAGUCUCUAGCCUUUCUAGCAGCCUUGCCUUGGGACCACCAAAACUUCAAGGGAGGAGAGCUGGGAUUCUGCGUACUGUCACCAUGAGAGCCGAGUCAAAGAAAUGCCACCCCCUUCAUCCAGGGGCUUAUGCCAAAAGCGAGUCCGACCAUUCAGAGUAUUCUGCUGAAUGUGCGUCACUUUUCCACUCCACCAUUGCAGAGACCAGUGAAGGAGAAAUUAGUGACUAUACAACCAACCGCUUUGGGGACAGUGAAUCCAGUGACAGUGAUUCAGAGGGUGGCAGCAGCAGCAGCGGCAGCAGCCUGACUCUUGAUUAUGGUGAUGAGAUCCAUGAGCAUGAAAUGGUCUGGCCCACAUCUACCGGCAAGCAGGCAGCAGCCACUCAAGUCUUGGCCAAGCCUCUCCCACCAGUGCCCAAACUCUGCCGCAUCAAAGCAUCAAAGGCUCUCAAGAAGAAAAUUAGGAGAUUCCAGCCGACCUCCCUGAAAGUGAUGACCAUGGUUUAAAAGGAGAGGGAGACUGCUUGAUCAGCUGCUUGCAUUCCCGUUUGUAAAGCCAAGGAAGACUGGUACUGUAAAGGAUUCUCAGAUCCUAGAUUUCAAGUCAAGGUUGUUGGAUUUUGGUUUUGCAUUUGUUAAUGCCUGUCUAAGUGACACUGUGUCCCUGAUCUCUUUUUUCUGUUUCGUAAGUGUGCUUCCGUGGCUUCAUACCUACCCUACUUCAUCCCAUUCUAAUAGCUACUAAGUGUUUAGAUGAUAUGCCCCUUUCAUCCAAGCCCCGAUGAAUUGAGGGAAGAAUGCAUAGUCUGUAAUGCAUGGGGGGGUUCCCAAGGUUACCAGGUGUGUUUGUGUGUGUAAGAUUGCUUUCUUGCCAAAGGUGACAUUGCAGUAUCUUUCUUGGAAGACCACUCAUUGUCAAAGGAGCUCAUCUUCUCAUUUUCUCUUUCCCCAUAGUCAUCCAUGUUAAUGGGCAGCAAGGCAAGAUACAGAUUGGGGAAAUAAUAAUAAUCAUAAUCACUUCACAUUGCUUACUCAGUAAAACGUGUCCAUUUGUUUCAGUUUUCUGGGGUCAGAAAGUUGUGCAUGGCUCAGAGGAAGGCUUGGAUGUGAUUCUUGGCCAUUUCUAAAUUCAGAAGAUUAAAUAAUGUUCUAUACUAUAUAAUACCAUCUUUUGAUAUUGAGAUGUUUGCAUCUUCUUGAGUGGGUAAACUGCAC